ACGUGCGCACUGCGGCUCACUUGAUCCAAACACUCACCUGUGGACACCUGAGGCGCGCGCUCCGCGGGGGCAAGUCCAAACUGCGGCGCGAACCCGCUCUGCAGGUUCAGUCCCGUGAAUUACUUUGUGCAGAGCUCUAGUCCUCAUGGUUUUGUUUUCUGUUCUCAGUUCCUGACGAGGACCUGCUACAGCCGCCGCGAUGAGUAAAUCCAGCACUUUAAAAGUCAAGAACUUGUUUAAAUCCAAGUCUUUGGAUAAGGAGAACAAGGACAUAAAGAGGGCAGCGAACAAAGAUGGGACUCUCAGCAGUCCCGUGUCUCUACCCACGAGUCCCGGACCUGUUAGCCCGGGGGACCACAGUGCCAUGCCCGAGCACAUGUCCCCUGUGUCCCCCAAAGAGAAGAAGAGCAAAGGGAUGUUCUCACUAAAACUCAAGAAAAAAAAGCCCAAGCAGAAAGUAGAGGAUGUGUUCUUCCCGGAGACUGGAGAGCUGGACAGCUUCAGCCCUGGACACAUGAGCUACGACCAGAUGAGUAUUUCCACAGAAUGUAGUUACCGCACGGAUCUGGAGUGGGACCCUCACUGUGAGAAUACCUCCAUGAUGAGCUUUGACAUGAGCUCGCCACAAAGCCCAAAGUCGCCCUCCAAAUUCUUCAAGAAUUCGGAGGAGAAAAAGAAAAUGUUUGAUCGCAUCAGCAGUUUUUUUACCCCCAAGAAGAAGAAGAGCAAACUUCCUACAGAAUCCUCCACAGAAGCAGAUUCCCCUCUGUCUCCACGAUCACCCCAGUAUCAACAACAGGAUGGGUUUAAGACACCAACUCAAUCUCCCAAAGCCAGUCUGUUGGAUGUAAAGAAAGGAGCAGAAUGUGGAGAUAAUCUCAGUCAGACGUCCACUCCCAGCACCGCCAGUCUGGUGUCUGUGCUGGCAGGUCAAACUGAUCUGCCCUUUGCCGACAGCAGCAGCAGUGGAAAGAGCAGUGUGCGAGAGGUGUAUGUGUGCAAAAUUAGCACUGCAGAGGGGAAUUCUGAGAACGUCACUUCUUCCACUUUUGAGAGCAGCACUUUACCCAAUACUGGCUCCAGCUUCGCUUUAGGUUUUGCUGAUUCAGUUGUGGAGGAGGUGAGCAAGAGGCUGCAGGUACAUCUGGAUGAACACAUCCACACAGAGGAACAAAAAGGGGAGAAAAGUGUCCAACGACUCAAUCAAAUUACAGUUACAAGCCCUUUGUCACCCCCUAAGUCUCCCAAUCUCACAUCCAUCAGUUUAGCAACAAAGAAGAGCUCAGUGAAGAUAGGAGAGAAUGGACACAGCACAAGUCUGUCAGGAAUCACUUUGGGAAGUCAGUCGUCCACGCCUCACCUCAUCAGCACACGGCAGACCCUGGCACAUGUGCCAAUAGAAAGCUCUAAAGAAGUUCAACAAACUGAGACAGCCAUAAAGGAACGUGCUGCAGUGAGCUCUUCACACAAGAAGGAUGAGCCAGCCAGGACAGAGUCCCCUGUGCUUGUCAAAGCCAUAUGGGUGGAGACACACCUGGGAGAGGAGGACUGGGGUAGGGACGGGGAGACAGAUGGUUUAAUCAGAGGAUCGGAGGAGGGCUUCAGAGCGGACUCUCCUCUUGUGCUGGCUAUACCUGUUACAGUCAUUCCUGAGGAUGACUCAUUUAGGCAGAGCUCCACUGACAGACCAGCCACCCCCACAGAGAGUACUCCAUCAGGUGGCAGCCUGCCAGAAUUCGCACCCACCCAGGAGCCUCACACAGCCUCUGCACAGCCAGGGAGCACCAGCGCUGGCACUGACUCAAAAGUAAAGUCUAUUACAGACACAUCUCCAGGAGAGGUCCGUGUCACACGCAAGACUGUGAGCCUGCCUUCAAAGCACCACUUUUUCGCCCACAAGGUGAACAUUAGCUCAGAGAGCAGCUCUGACGAGACCAAAACUACUGAAGAGGAGCACAGCACAAGUUUAAAGGCUGAGGACAAAGGCAAGGCUAAAUUAUCACCAGUUACUCCUUUUAAAGAGGAUGUCCCUGAAGAGUCCAAAUCAGAGCCGCAGGCAGCAGACAAUACUUCAAAGUUUGAUUUUAAAGCAGAGAAGCCAAUCAAAGCAGAGGAGAAAUUAGUAAUUGAAAAGACUGACUUCAACGACCCUUCAGUUUCUGCAGAAAUGCACCGACCUAAGUCCCAGAUACCCGCCCAGGAGGCCAAAAAGACCUCCGCUAAACCAAUUAGGACUUCAGGUCUACAGAGCCCAUCAUCGGUAUCUGGAGGCAGGGCCAGAACUGUGACAGCAAAGGUAUCCACAGAUGGAACAAAGAAAGACACAACACCAACUCAAAGAGAGAGCAGCGAUGAUAGAACUGCUUCAGCGUUACCCACACUGAAGGAUCAAAGUUCAUCUUCUAGAACUAGAAUCCCUAAAAGGUCAACAUCCCCAGGCACUCCUGAUAAAACAGCAUCUGAGGCAGUUGUUUCCAGAGUUCGUAGACCAAUUAGAACCAAAGAACCUCUCAAAUCUCCAGUCAGUACCAAACCAGAGAGAAGGUCUUCUAUAGAGGAAGUCAGAAGAAGAGGAGACAUUUCCCCUACGAAAACUGCAUACAAGGCCACAACAAAAACUAUUACUGAAAAAUCAGAUGAAUGUCGUGCUAAAGUGAAUCUUGUGAAUGGUUUGGAAACCAAAGACAGUAUUGCAAAAAAUAUCAGCAAUUUGACAGAAAAUAAGUCUUUUCCAAGUUCCAGAAGUCGGCUGCCUGUCACAUCUCCAAUCAGAAAGAAGAGUGAGGAGAUUCAAGAGUUACUACCAUCAACUGAGACACAGCCUACUGAAAGUCCUGACAAAGGAAUCACAUCACCCAGACACCUGUACAAAAAAAUAAAUGAAGAUGAGACAACUGGCUCUCCUCCCAAGCAAACAUCCUUGAAAUACAGAAAGAAGGAACCAGUAGACCCCCCACCUUCAGUCAGUAAACUUCCAACGCUGGGCCAGAAGACCACCAAAACGAAAUCAAAAAGAAGCUCCGCAAUAACACCUAUAUCACCUACAUCCAAACAAAAAGGUUCACCUGUCAAAGAAGACAUUUUAAUAGAUGAUGUGGAAAAGGACAAUUUAUUAACUAAAGCAGUCACUCCAAAUAUUGACAACACCCAGUCUACUGUAAAUGAACUAGCAGUGAAAGAAAAGGAAAUACAAUUGCAGGAUAGUAUAACGCAGUCUGCACAUGAAGAGAUUUUGUCAAUACAAAACAGCAAUAGAAAUGUCUUUAUGGGUGGGAGUGGCUCAGUCCCUGGAGGUAAAUUACAUUCACGAGAAAGUGCCUCAGUAAUAGGUGAUAUAAAGCCAAGCCUAAUUCAGGAAAAUCUAGACUCUUUGGACACGGCAACACAGGCCAAAGUAAAUAGCCAUAAGGAUGAAAUAGAUACAAGCGCAAAACCUGUUCCUGACGAGACCCAUAGUGACAUUAAACCUGAUCAGGACGUUGCUUUGUCAAAUUCAGUUCUGCUCAAAGCAACAAGUGAAGUGGAAAAAGACUUUAUAAUUGGUAAUCUUAAUGUCGAACAACGUUUAAAAGACCCAGCACUGGCACCAGAACAAACAGUGUCAUCUGAUUCUGCGAAAAAUAAUUUACCAGGAAAAAGUUGUGAGGACACUGGCUUGAAACUCGCUGGUAUUUUGGACAUUCAAAGUGUGACUGUCAGUGAGACGCCAAGUGACAUGCCAAACAAAGAGCCUAUUUUUCUGUCCGAAGAUGUUACAAAAAAGAGUGAUUCACAGCCAGAUGACAAGCAGUUAACAACUCAAAUUGAGCGCUCAGAAAUUAGUAGCAAAGAAGAGCCCAAAGACGUAACUGUUAUGGAAAAAGUGGAGAAAUGCACCCCAUUGCAAGAUCAAAUAUCAAAUUUAUCACCAGAAAUGUCAGAAAUACAGAAUGAGGUUUUGAAUGGACUGGAAUUGGAGAAGCAAAGGGUAAUUGAUGAGCUUACACCCAAAGCUGAGGAAGCUUUGAAAGAAAAUGAAACAAGAAACGAUAAAGAAAUACAUUUGCAUAUUAAGGAAUCACCGGAUGAGAAUAAAAGUGAAAAGUCUGGUGGCAAAACUGAAAUAAGUACAAUCCAGGAAACAUCUCAAGUAGAAGUAAGUGAUACACCAAUUUCUGUAAAUGACAAGUUAGAAAAUGUGGAUUUGCCUGUUGAUAAGAUUUUGAUACCAGGUAAAGACUUGGCCAAGCGAGAAAAUACAGAAACAGUAAUUGUUGGAGCACUCCCUCAAGAAGCAAAACCAGUCACGGCUGAAAGUGAAACAAUGGAAAAUGCAAUUAAUGAUUUAUCUGUAAAGAUUAUGAAAGAAACUUUAACAGAUAAUAACAGUCUCGCUGGGGUUAGCAGUCAACCAGAUCAGAAGCCAAAAUCUGUUCAGGAAAAAGCAGAAAUUGUGUCUGAAUUAGUGAGUGGCAAAUCUGCAGUUACAAAUUCCAAUAUUGAAUCAUUGGACAGUGAAGUGAAAUCAGUGACUGAAGAUAAUACUCCCAUAGUAGACACAUUGAGCACAGCAAUGAAAAAGAAAGAUGAAAGUGAAUUAGCAAAACAACCAAGAAACUCUGUAAGUUCUAAUAGUGAAGUUAGCAAGAAGGAACAAGAGUCUAGUCCAGCAAAGACAAAAAUAAAAAUGGAAAACAAGAUUGAUAAAAUAAAUAAGAUAUCUCCUAUGAAACAAAAUGAAAUGAUCAAACUGGAGUCUCAGAAUAAACCUGCUAUAAGUGAUGCUGAGAAACCCAAAGAACCAGUGUCCACACUUUCUGAUAAUGAGAACCAAAACCAGGACUUGAAAUCAGUGACUGAAGAUACUACGCCUGCAGCAGACACACUGAACAGGACAAUGAAUAAGGAAGAUGAAAGUAAAUUAGUAAAACGACCAAAGGACUCUGUAAAUUCUAAUAGCGAAGUUAGCAAGAAGGAACAGGAUUCUAGUCCCACAAAGACAGAGAUAAUACCUGAACCCAAGAUUGAUCAAAUAAAUGAGAUAUCUCCUAUAAAACAAAAUGAAAUAAUCAAAUUGGAGUCUCAGAAUACACCUGUUAGCAGUGAUGCUGAGGGACCCAAAGAACCAGUGUCCCAACCAGUGUCCAAGCUUUCUGAUAGUAAAAACCAAAACCACGACUUGAAAUCAGUGACUGAAGAUACUACCCCUACAGUAGACACAUUAAACACAACAAUGAAUAAGGAAGAUGAAAGUAAAUUAGUAAAACAACCAAAGGACUCUGUAAAUUCUAAUAGUGAAGUUAACAAGAAGGAACAGGAUUCUAGUCCAGCAAAGACAGACAUAAUAUCUGAACCCAAGAUCGAUAAAAUAAAUGAGAUCUCUCCCGUAGAACAAAGUGAGAUGAUCAAAUUGAAGUCUGAGAAUACAUCUGUUAUCAGUGAUGGUCAGAAACCCAAAGAACCAGUAUCCGAGCUUUCAGAUAAUGAGAACCAAAACCACGACUUGAAAUCAGUGACUAAAGAUACUACACCUAUAGUAGACACAUUGAACACAGCAAUGAAUAAGGAAGAUGAAAGUAAACUAGUAAAACAACCAAAGGAUUCUGUAAAUUCUAAUAGUGAAGGUAACAAGAAACAAGAUUCUACUCCAACAAAGACAGAGAUAAUAACAGAAACCAAGACUGAUAAAAUAAAUGAGAUCUCUCCUGUGAAACAAAGUGAGAUGAUCAAAUUGGAGUCUGAGAAUACAUCUGUUAUCAGUGAUGGUCAGAAACCCAAAGAAACAGUGUCCCAGCUUUCAGAUAAUGAGAACCAAGACCGUGACUUGAAAUUAAUGACUGAAGAUAUUACACCUACAGUACACAAACUGAGCAGCAAAGAAGAUGCAACUGAAUUCACAAAACAAACAGUGGAUUCCGUUCAUUCUGAUAGUGAAGUUAGCAAGCAGGAACAAGAGUCUUACAAAGGGACUGAAAGUAAAGACGGCAGUUCAGAGGCAUCUGUUGGUGUAGCACUUUCAGAGAUUUCAAGAAUUCAAGAUGGCUGCCACCAAGCUAUCUCUGUCCAGGAAGAACCUAAAUUAAUAGAAUCUAAAAUGGCAAUUCAUUCUCAGGGUGAAAAACAGAAAAUUGAAGAAAAAAUAAGCACACCUCUACAAGAAAUUAAAAAACUAGAGACUGCAGAAAAACUGAGAAAAGAAAAUGAUAGUAAGAUUGAAAAAGACAAAUCAGAUAAACCUCCUGGUGGCCUUAGAGCACCAGGACUAAAAAAAGAGCCAGAAGUUAGAACUGAAACUUUUUCCCAGACUGAAAAAAUAAAUGACAUAUUCCACAUGAAACAAAGUGCACUUCUUAUCAAUGAUAGUCAGAAACUCAAAGAAUCUCAGUCUCAACGGUUUAAUGAAAAAAACGAAGAUGAUGAUGAUGUUUUUGUUGAAAAGAUUAUCAUAAAGAUGUGUAAGAGCGACAAGAACGUCAAAGAAAGGACUGAAAUUGUGAAACCAGAGAUAUUGAGAAACAAAUCUAUAAAACACUGGAUGGAACCAUUAAAAAGUGAAUUAUCUGAUGAGACUGGUAAAGCACCGGCCGUGAUAAAGGAGUCCCCGUCUUGCUGGUUAGACGUUGAAAAUGGUCAAAGACUUCGGCGAAAGAAAGAGCACAAGCGCAGACUGGACACUUCAGCCAGUGAGGAUGAGUUACUGGAAUCAGAUGAUGUUGAAGAUUUUAUUAAAAACAUUAAAGAAGGAGGCAUCCCAUUCUCAUUCCCCCCAAGAAGACAUAUAGGCAAAAAGAACCUGUCUCCUCCUUUUGCCAUGCCCGCUAUCAAGGAGGAUAACUUUGAGAAAACAUUUGAUCCAGAAAAAUUCCAAUUCGGGUUAGGAAAAAAUGAUUUCAUGAAGGAUUUGUCUCCAGCUAUGGCAAUCAAACGACAGGCUGCAAUGAGAGAGGAAAAAAUUAAAGAAAAUGUUGCAGAUAAAGACAGGCCAGUUAUAGAGACGAAUGGCAAAGGUGUGGUUAAAGAGGGAAUUGUGAAUGAAGGUGGACUAGAAGAGGGUGUGAAUAAUGGGAUUGGGAAACGCCCCUCUCGACUGGGCCGGAUGUCUAUUCUCUCCAGUCUUCUGUCAUCCCCUAGGUCCAGCAGAAACCAAAAAGAGGAACUGUCCCCUGCUCUGAACGGAACUCAAUCCGCAGUUCAACAACAGGAUGUGCCCACAGAAGAGAAGCCGGUCCCCUCUCCUCUGUCUGACGUCAGAGCUGAUAAGGAGGGUGUGAAGACUCCAGAUCAAACCUCACCUUUCUCCUCUUUAAGUGAGGGUAGUGCUAACAGUGAGUCACCCUUUAGCCCCUCCUUUGCUCCACAAUUUCCUGUGUUCUCUGAAAUCCAACUUCCAGAUCAUUUAGAAAAGUUAAUCAAGAAGAAGAAAAGAGAAACAGAGAAUCUUAAGAGUUUGGAUCAGACGAAUAAACCAAAAAUGGAUCUUGGGGCAGAUAUAACUAAGAAUGAGGUGUUACUAUCUGAGAAGACUGAGCUAGACACAGCCCUGAAAAGUCCAACAACACCAACCUCAACUCCAAAGUUCACCCAGCAGUCUUCUCUAACCAGGACCACUCCAAAGACCAGGGUAAAGAGCAAGAUACCAGCUGUUAAAGGGAUUCACAAAAGACCAGGGAAGCUUGUUAUACAUGAACAAGCUGAGUUUGCAGGGGAAGCCUUUGAAUUGUACCGUGACAUUGAGGAUGCUACUUCACUGAAGCUAUCUCCUGUCAUAUCUGUCAGAGUCAUCAGAGGAUGCUGGUUGCUGUAUGAGAAGCCUGGGUUCCAGGGUCGUACCAUUGCCCUGGAUGAAGGCACCACAGAGCAGAUCGUGAACAUUUGGGCAGAAGAGGAACCUCCAGCCCCACCUGAAAGCUUAGAUCAGCGCGUGCCCACAGCACCCAUGGUCAUAGGGUCUAUAAAACUGGCAGUUAGGGAUUACACAGUGCCCAGAAUCGACUUGUUCUCGGAGGUGAAUGGGAUGGGGAUAUUGAUGUCCUACAAUGAAGAGGUUGUAGAGACUGGUUCCUAUGGGAUACCACAGAGCACUGGCUCCAUCAAAGUCCAUUCUGGCGUGUGGUUGGUCUACAGUGAUCCAGGGUACGGAGGUUUUGUUGAGGUCUUGGAGGCUGGAGAGUACCCUUGUCCUGAGAGCUGGGGGUUUUCACAGCCCUUCAUUGGAUCUCUCCGCCCUCUGAGAAUGGGAGGCAUAAGGGUGGAUCAUCCCAAUGAAGUUAAGGCUCUGGUGUUUGAGAAACCCAACUUUGAAGGAGAGAGCAUAGAGGUGGACAGUGAGGUGUUCUCUUUCAAUGAAAUAGAAAUAGAAGGACCAACAGAUGAAGCUGAUGUGAAAAAGCAAGUACUGUCUUCAGUGGGCUCUCUGAAGAUCAUUGGUGGACUUUGGGUGGGCUACCAGGAGGCCGACUUCGAGGGCCAGCAGUACAUUUUGGAGGAGGGGGAGUACGCUCACUGGAAGGACUGGGGAGGGUCUGAGGAUGGGCUGCUGUCACUUAGACCCAUUUACACUGACUUCACUUCACCCCAUAUUAAACUGUUUGGGGACAAGAUGUUCAAGGAGCUGAGUCUUAACAUAGACCUGAUGGGCCCCAUCUUUGACUUUGAAACAGUCGGACACAGCACAAAAACUCAGUCUAUCGAUGUCCAGAGUGGAGUUUGGGUGGCUUUUGAGAAACCAGGGUUUUGUGGAGAGCUUUACGUUCUUGAGAAAGGUCUUUACGCAAGUCCAGAAGACUGGGGAGCACUAAACUUCAGAAUAUCCUCCAUACAACCUGUGUUCUAUGAUUCAAUGAACAAAACAUCAAAGUUGAAGAUUCAGUUAUUUUCUGAGCCAGACUUUCAGGGACAACUUGUUCUUCUUGAGAAUAGUGUGGACACUCUAGAUGACUUUGUGCCCAGGUCCUGUAAAGUGUUGUCCGGCAGCUGGGUAAUGUAUGAAGGGGCACAGUUCAAACAAAGAAUGCAUGUGUUAGAGGAGGGACAGUACCCCAACACAGAGGCUAUGGGAUUGCAAUCUAAAGACACUAUAAUCCGCUCCCUACAGACAAUUGGACACGAGUUUUCUUUGCCUUCCAUAAUCUUAUUCAGUAAGGCAGGCUGUAAAGGCCGCAGGAUAGUGUUGUCAAAUGGGGUUGUGAAUUUGAGCAAGACCGGACACGAUGGAUGUGUGCGCUCUCUGGUGGUGGAAGGUGGAAUGUGGGUUAUCUAUGAAGGCAGCAACUACAGCGGUCGACAGUUACUUCUGUUGCCUGGUCAAGUGGACAACUGGUGUCAGUUGAGUGGAUGGGAACAGAUAGGAUCUUUGCGACCAUUAAUUCAAAAAGAGCAGUAUUUUCGUCUGCGCAGUAGAGAGAAUGGACAUUUGUUCUCUUUGACUGGGACUCUGGAUGACAUAAAACUGAUGAGGGUUCAAGCUAUUGAGGAGACUGGAGGCAUGGAGCAGGUGUGGCUCUAUCAGGACGGACAACUCUCCUGCAAGUUGUUGGAGGGCUGUUUCCUGGAGACCACAGGCAGUAUGCUGAUGGCAGGAAGUCGCCUGUGUGUCUCUCCCAACAAAGGAAAAGAAAACCAACUGUGGAACUUCACCCCUGAUGGUUUUGUGCGCUGCCAUCUGCAACGCGACCUGGUCCUGGAGGUCAAAGGUGGACACCAGUUUGACAAGAACCAAGUCAUUCUUAACCAGUUUGAUAAAAGAAAAUUGAACCAGCGAUGGAUUUUAGAGAUCAUCUAAGUUUUCUACAUAAGCAUGUCCAACAGGACCCUAAAGACCUGCUUAUGUCAUUUGAAACCAAACACUCUACCUUGAUGGUUUACAGUGUGUGGGACUCUGCCCUGUAUCAUUGCUGCACUCAUCUCCCUCUUGUGGUACUUCUAUGCAUGCCAGGCCUUGCAAACAUGAAGUCCUGCGUCUUUAUUCAAUAUGUAAAUUUGGUUUACGUGUUUCCUUUCAUAAAAUGUUGAUAUUUUUUUAGGUGUUUACAUUUUGAUACUUACUUUAUAACAUAAGAUUGUAAAUAGAAUAAAAUGGAACACACAAGCAUUUUGUAAUUCAAUUUUCAAAAAUAGCACUGCCCACUGUGACUGUAAAUAUGUAAAUAUAAGACACAGCUCUCAUAAA